AUGUUUUUACCUCGAUCGGCCGGGUCCCAGCGCAACCCUAGAAGGCGCCAACGUACCAGCUCCGAUGACUCCGUCAAACCUCCCAGAGCCAAAAGACAGCGGUCUACUCUCGGUCAAAAAGCGCCAGAUUCAUCCUCCGAAAACCUGGCAGAUCGCCUUCGCAACGAUGCGCCGGAUCAUCCAACGCCGAUAACCGACGAGACAGAAGAUACAUUCUCAGAAGGCCCCGCCGCGCAUAAUCAGCUCCCUAUCAGGUCUCUCAAGAAGGCCGAGAAACGAGAAGAUGACAUUGAUGGAACUGUGCUACUGGCGAUCUUAGCUUCGUCGCCAUCUCCUUCUGACACCUUUACCCUUUCCAUACCCGAACCAUGCAGAGAGCCCAACAACAUCCCGCCUCUUGGCGUUCUUCUGUCUACAGCCACAGCUGGGGUUCCCGGCUUGAUGGUUGUUAUGCGCCAAUCUGGAAAGAUUAUAUACUGGGAGACAGUUUCAAGCGCCGCAUCGUUGGGUCUACCAAGGCAGAAGCAAACUGGUCUCCAGGGCUCUGUGCCGAAUUUGCUCUCUGGCGAAGUCAUCACCGACAUUGCGAAUGCCGAACCUUCUGGCGUGAUCCUCACACUUUCAUCCGGACGUGUCGCCCAUGUCACUUCUGCUCCUGUCUAUCGUCUAUGUACCGAAUCUGUCAGUGGAAGCGGAGAUCACGACAUCAGGGUUCUCGACUUCACGCCUACACCCCGCGGAAGCCUGGAUGAUGCUGUGCAGUCCGAGGGACAGAACGCCUUAUCCCUAUCUGUUAUCGUCGCGCCGGCAGGCACAGCACCGACGGAGCUGUUCCUGGCGCAAAUUGAUAUAACUCAAGAUGUGAAUGUCUCGUCCAUCAACUCUAUCAAUCUCCGCGGCAUUGCCACAUUCCCGGAAUAUCCAAAACCGCGACUGAUGCUUCCACGGCCCGGGGAUACGGCCUUUGUGUUGAUCGGACAGUCGGUUAUCCUCCUAUCCCUGGCUCCUGUCUCAGACUCGCCAAGUAGGCAGCUUUUGGCUGAUUCUGACCGAGCACCUCAGCCAUUUCAAGAUAUCAUCAACCUUCGGUCAGGCCAAAGCUACGAGAUACUAGGCAGUGGGUUUGAGGAUCAAGCUGCCGAAUCUCCGCACCCAGCAUGCCUGCUUAUGGUUCGAGACUUUGGUGUGAUUCGCGUUUCUGCUUUGCCACGCCUGAAGACAGAAACGGACGGGGAGAACGCUCAGGUCACUGCCAAACACAAAAUCGAGCAAGCUGUGUUCUACGGCACAAUCUCAGGGAACCCACUGAACCUAGACAGCAGGACCAACCUGGACUACCCCGUUCAAGAGAUAGAACAAGCUGCCCUAGAUAUCUGCGGUGAGUUGUUGCGGUCCACGUCGAGGUUCAUCCCAGCAACUGCAAUCUCUAUACAACAGAACCUGAGGUCCAGAGCGAAAGCGCUGGAUGAUCUCGCUUCGCUUCUGAUGCAGCAAAACAAAGCUUUUGAUCGCCAAACGUGGUGGGAGCUGCUAUGGGGCGCAGAGAAAAUCGCUGCCCAGAGAGCUAUCUGGAAAAUAGAGGAAGAUGCGAGGAAGUCCAAAGGCAACAAAACAUUCCUGACGCAUGUUAUUGAAUCAAUGAGCGAAAAAUUCAGGACGAAAGCCAGGUCUGACGGCGAUGAUCCAGUACGAAACUGGUUUCUCUACGACACCUUUCGCAUGGAGCAUAUCGUACCUUGGAUAUUCAAUGCCGUCAAGCCGCAAAAGGGCUUCUCCUCACGGCAGGGACGAAAGAUUUCGGAACAAAUAUUGGAAGCCAGCGAACUCUCCCUGGCUGUCUUAGAGACGGCUUUUCGGUUCCGUGACGAACAUGCCAGCCGAUACGGCCUUGGCGAUGGAUACAUAGAGGACGGUGUGCUUGUGACGGGCUACAAUGGCCUCCCCGAAUUCUGGACGUCUCAGAGCAUAAGCUACGUGGAAACCGGCCACUUGCUGGACUUGGAACUUGACAGCUGCCGGGCUUGGAUCCAGCAACGGAACUCAAACAUGGAGAUGCCAGAAGACAAGAUCGUGAAAAAGAUCAGCAAGAACAGUAGCAGACUCCUGCGUGUUCUUGGCCAGAUGCACUCCGAGCGAGUCCGCUGGCUGUCUGCUCAGCAAGAGUCGAAGUUGGUUGACGAGAGUAUCGCAACUGAUCAGUCACAUGUCAAACAACGCAAGUGGCAACUAUUCAAACUAGCUGGCAUCGGACAGCUGGAAGAUGCUAUCACGUUGGCUGAACAGUUCCGAGACAUGGACGCCCUGGUGGAGCUCAUCAUCGAACUACAAGAUCAGAGGAAGGUCGAGGACAAUUCAGACUCUCUGGACGGCAACGGGGACGUUCUAAGCCGCGAUUCUCACGAACUCGGUGAAAAGAUCUCUCUCUAUUUCGAAAAGUUCGGCGAGCCAUGGGCAGAUGCCUUCUUCUCUCGGCAAAUCUCAAUGGGGCAGUCAGGAGUUCUGUUCUCGAUGAGAAAAUUCCAACCCUUCAUCACCCGGUUCCUACGCAAGCAUCCAGUUUAUUCACGCCUAGGCUGGAUCAAUGAUGUGCUCGGCGAAGAUAAAUACAACGCUGCAGCAGAAUCUUUACAGACUCUGGCGGUAGAGCACGAGACAGACCUCUGGAGUCACCGCGUUGAACUCUCUAUAGCGAAGCUUGCGAAGCUAGCAACCUGGGAGGAGAACACUGCACCCGCCGACUCGCUUAUCCAUACCGACAUUCGUCGCCUCGAAGACUUGACGGAAAUCGAUGCAGUUCAGGAGGUCAUCUAUGCAUACAUCACUCCAUUUUUGCAGGGUGCAAUUGAUCAGAAAGCAGAGCUUGAUUUGGCAGUCGAUCAUUUCGGGAAAUCUAUUUCCAGCGAUCGACCGUCAUUACUGGAGCUCCUCAGCGAAACCCUCGGCAUGGUGAUUGCAAGACAAGUCAUUGGCGCCGAGCGGUUAGUUGACCUACUAACACUUAUGAACCCGAGUCAAACUAUGGAAUACGACCACAGUGAUCUUCUGGGCAAGGAAUUCUAUCUUGCUUUGCGUGUUGUUCGGCUUGCGUCCUUUUCUCAGCAAGAUUCGCGCUACCAUGCAGCCAUGCAGAGACUGAUAUGGCGAAGAUGCAUGAUCAGGGACGAUUGGGUGGAAACUGGAAAGGCAGCAGAAAGACUGGGCGCCGAUUCUGAAGCUUCAGCUUACGAGACUUCGCUCUUCCGCACGCUGAGCCUCUGCCUCGGAGAUAGACAUAAUGAAAGCGCCGAGUCUGCCUCGCUGUAUAUUCCGAAAUCACCGCAAGAAGUUCUGCUGAACGACGCAGAUGCUGAAGUGCUUGCCUCCCGUUUCCGUGCGGAGCAACGUGGUCGACUCACGCAGGAUUUCAAGAAGGAAAGCGAUAUCUUGAGCCGCUACAUCGAACAGGGAAAGCUUGAAUUUUGGUUCAACAAUCUCUUUACGUCUGGGGAGGAAGCCGUCACGACCGCUGCUGAGCUGUCCAGCCUUGAUGAACAACCCAAGGCUCAGUCGCCGGAGUCAGUAGAGGAAUCGAACGAAAAAGCGCGUCUCAGCUGGCUCUAG